AUGCCAGCCGUGAGACGCCGGAACAUGGGCCACCGUCCAUCCCGCGAGGGAGUGGCCACACCGAACGCUGCCGAGACAUUUCGGAAUUCAUCCAAUACCCAAGCGCCCGCAACUGCCACCUCUCGACUACAGAUCGACUCUUCGCGGGUGGUUACUAGGCAAAAGAACCUUGUUUUUCGCGUUACUGGCCUCCUGGCCUCGCAGACGAACGAUGCGUUGGUGGAUUUCAUCUGCAAAAACCUAUUAAAGGGUGAAGAACAGUCACAAUCAAAAGUCACCGCAAGCAUCGUGCCAUCUUGCUCCAACAAUAAGCAGGAGACGGUUGCGUUAGUGGAGUUUGGCGGCAGAGUUCCCGAUUUCUUGUCCGAGCUAGACGCGAACCCUCUGGAAGAUUGGCAGCUCUACACCCCCAAAGCAGACAAGCCAGUUACCGCAGAUAUAAUCGCCAUCACCGGUCUCGAUGGACAUGCAUAUGGCUCGUGGAGGGGUAAGGGAAACCUUGGGCGGAUGUGGUUGCGCCAUUUCCUGUCUAAAGACUUGCCCUACUGUCGCACGAUGACUUAUGGUUACAACUCGAAGCUCUCAGCUCGUGGAAUCGACACCAUUAUGGACUAUAGCCGGGGGCUAAUGGAGGCACUCAAGAAAAUCCGGAACACAGAGGAGCUAAGGCAGCGACCGCUCUUCUUCAUCGCACACAGCUUUGGCGGUAUCAUACUCGCUCACUGCCUUGUAAAAGCGGUCCAAACGAACGAAGACGAUCAUCCAACGAUUGCAACGCUCCACAAGGCUACAUACGGGAUGCUUCUCUUUGGGAUUCCGCAUAAAGGGCUAGUGGUAGAUGAUAUUGAAAAGAUGCUGGCUGGUCGAGAUAACCACCCGCGGAGCGCGCUGCUUCAGCAGAUCAGAGUCAAGUCUGACUUGCUAGAGAAUCAGCUGGCCGAUUUCAAGAAUCUCGUCCGAGACCGGAAGGUUGUAAGCUUCUAUGAAACAAGGCAGACUAGGCAGCUUCAAUUUGACAGCGACAGCCAACGCUGGGAAAGAACUGGCGACUUCAUUACCAAGGUGGACAACGACUCGGCCCUUCUUCAACUUCCCGAUUUUAUGGAGGAUAAAAUCCCCCUGGACUCGGAUCAUUCAAUGAUGGUCAAGUUUGGUAAUAGAAAUGAUACGGGGUAUACCAGCGCGCUGGAUAAGCUUCAACAGUUUGAGCAGGAGGCUUCAAACGUGGUGAAGGCUCGCUUUUCGCGAGUCCAACGGACUUCGACUGUGAAGUGCGGGACUGGUAAAACGCAAAUCGCAUUGGAAUAUGCAUUCCAGCUGCAAAAGACACACCCUACAGUUUCCGUUUUCUGGAUUCAUGCUAGCAGUGCCGCCCGAUUUCGCCAAGCGUUCGCAUCUAUCGCACAAAAGUACGACAUCCCUGGCUACGCGGAACCUAAGGUUGACAUGCUACUAUUAGUGAAAGGUUGGUUGGAGGAGAAGGACCGCGGAGAGUGGCUCAUGAUCAUUGAUAACGCAGAUGAUAUGCAGCUUUUCUUUGGCCAGCCUGCGGGCACUACUACAAGCCCCAGUAAAGGGAAAGAUGAGGAGCAUUUGGCUCGAUACCUGCCCGAAUGUGCCCACGGUACAAUUCUCAUCACGACAAGGAACAAGCAGGUGGGAGUUAGGAUGACCAAAGGACAGCAGCCGAUAGAAGUGCUGCGAAUGAAUGAGGAGGAGUCAGCACAGCUCCUCUCUCAGGCUGCUGCGUUCAUUCAAGAAACUAGCAUAACAGUGCACAAAUAUCUUCAACUACUAAGCAAUAGCGACAUGGACAUCGUGCACCUGCUGAGCAGGGAAUUCGAGACGGUGGGGCGAGACACAGAAGCUCCUCAGGCAGUAGCACAAACAUGGAUGCUUUCGUUCCAGCAGAUCGAGCGGCAGCACGUCUUGGCCAGCGAACUCCUCUCCUUAAUGAGUAUGCUCGAUCGACAAGAUAUCCCGGCUGAGUUUUUAUCACAUUAUAGCGAGCAAGCAGGGGACGGGGUCCCGCGAGGCGAAAUGGAGCUUACAGAAGCGUUGGGAAUCCUCAAGGCCUUCUCCUUCGUGACGGAGAUUAGUGGCAGCUUCGAUAUGCAUCGGCUUGUACAGCUGGUGACGCGUAAAUGGCUUACUAGCCGGGGAACGAUUAGUCGAUUCAGCACGGAAGCACUGAUUACAGUAUCGAACAUGUAUCCCCACGGCGAAUAUGAAACCCGAACAAAAUGCGCCGCAUACCUAUCACAUGCAAACGCUGUGUUACAGUUAAAUGGGUUGAAAUCAAAAGAUGAGAAGGAAUCAAGGGCAUCUCUUCUCUACUGUAUUGCUGAUUACUUCAACUUUGAGGGCAAAUGGAGUCAAGCAGAGAUGUUCCAUACGGAAGCAAGAGAGAUACGAAGAGAGUUAUUAGGCGCAGAUCACCUAGAUACGUUAAAUAGCAUGCACAGCCUUGCUUUAACAUAUGCAUACCAGGGCCGGUGGAAGGAGGCUGAGGAUCUAAACGUGGAAGUGAUGGAAACUCUCAAGAUGAAGCUAGGCGCAGAUCAUCCAUAUACACUGACCAGCAUAAACAACCUUGCAUUAACAUACAGGAAACAGGGCCGAUGGAAGGAGGCUGAGGAUCUAAUCAUGGAAGUGACAAAGACUUACAAAAUAAAGCUAGGAGCAGAUCAUCCAUAUACACUGACUAGCAUGAGCAACCUUGCAUCAACAUACACCUACCAGGGCCGAUGGAAGGAGGCCGAGGAUCUAAACAUGGAAGUGACAAAGGCUUACAAAAUAAAGCUAGGAGCAGAUCAUCCAGAUACACUGACUAGCAUGAGCAACCUUGCAUCAACAUACACCUACCAGGGCCGAUGGAAGGAGGCCGAGGAUCUAAACAUGGAAGUGACAAAGGCUUACAAAAUAAAGCUAGGAGCAGAUCAUCCAGAUACACUGACUAGCAUGAGCAACCUUGCAUCAACAUACACCUACCAGGGCCGAUGGAAGGAGGCCGAGGAUCUAAACGUGGAAGUGAUGGAAACUCGCAAGAUGAAGCUAGGCGCAGAUCAUCCACAUACACUGGUCAGCAUGUAUAAUGUGGCCUUUACGUGGAAAAACCAAGGUCGACAUAAUGAUGCCCUAGUUUUAAUGAAGACCUGUGCGCAAACUCGACAUCAAGUCCUAAGUCCGAUGCAUCCUGAUACAAUCCGGGCUCAAUCAACAGUAGAAGAGUGGGAGAUUUAG